UUUUAUUUGAUAUUUAAUAAUCGAAAUAAUCCUAAUUAACUAAAUAAUGAUUUAUAUCGAUAUGAUCACAAGUUUAAGUAGCAUAGUCAUAAAUCAGUUUAAAUUAUAUAAUCUGUGAUGUAUAAUAUUAAUACUAUGAAUUUUUUACUAUUUAUAGAGUUCGACGAAAAUGUGAAGAAUAAUUUGCAAAUCAUAACUGUUCAUCGUUUUCCAGAAAUGUGUUGGAUGAAUGCCAAAUUAAUCUUAAUGCAGGACAAGAUCGUACAGAGAAUUAAACUUUAAUUAACUUGAACCAUUAGUUACAAAGUUACUCGAUCUUUAUUGAUCGUGCGAAGCUCUCUCUCGUCAAAGCUCUCUCGUCUUCUCGUAUUUCGUUGCCUUUCAUCUAAAAAUCGGAUGCGACGAAUCUUGGAGUACGACGAUACUUUCGCGAUCCAAUUCUACGGGAGAUCAAAUUUGUUGUACCAUGUUUGACAGAGUUGCGCGCGCUGGUGCAACGUUUUCCGCGAUUUAAUGGGCGAGCACAGAGCGGGAGUUCAGUUGGCGACGCGCGCUCCUUGCUACUGUGUGCUCUCGUAUCUCCCGCUCCAGCAUCCCUCGCGCAUGGACUUGUACGCGUUCGAUAACGCAGCUUCCACAUGAUAUGACUCAGUCCCGCGAGGUUCUGGCGAUGAUGGAUGCACACACAACCACGUUCGGACGAAAGAGAGGCUGCACAAUUUCCCGGUGUGGUGCCUUCUUCUUGGGAGCAUUUUUUCUGAUUAGUCUGGUCGCCACUGGUUUAUUGGUAUAUCAUUUUGCACCUUGUCUCGAGGAAAAACAAGUCAAGCAAUGUGACGACUUUCUCGACAGUCCGCUUUUGCCGAGCGGGAAAAGUUUCUCGCCAACGCCUAUGAAGAAGAAAAUAGAUGUCAGAUUACCAAAGGCAAUUGUGCCCGAUUCAUACGAAUUAUGGCUGAUACCCUUCAUAUGGGAGGGUAACUUCACCUUUCACGGCGAGGUCAAGAUUUUGGUGAACGUGACAUUAGAUACGAAAAAUGUCACGCUUCACGCCCUGGAUAUGAAGAUCGAUGAGGGUUUUACAAAUCUCAGGGAGUAUUCGGCCAACAGCAACAAGACUAACAAUAAUAUAAUCAGGAUCGUGGAGCAGAGGAACGACACCGACAGGCAAUUUCACGUGAUUAAAACGUCAGACACGUUGAGCAGGGGCAAACAAUACGUGGUGCAUCUCAAGUUCAUUGGCUAUUUGAACGAUUACUUGGAAGGUUUCUACAGAAGCUCGUACAUGGUCGGCAAUCAGACGAGAUGGAUCGCCACGACUCAGUUCCAAGCGACGGAUGCGCGCCGUGCUUUUCCAUGCUUCGACGAACCAGCUUUGAAAGCCAAGUUCCAGAUUAACAUAGCGCGUCCCAAAAACAUGACAUCUAUUUCGAAUAUGCCCAUGAAAGGGGCACCGAUGCCAGUGCCCGGUUUACACACGUAUGAGUGGGAUCAUUACGAGCGUUCAGUACCGAUGUCUACAUAUCUGGUCGCCUUCAUAGUUUCCGAUUUCGAUGUACGGAAAUCGGAAGAUGGUAACUUUGGAGUUUGGGCGCGGCACGAUGCUAUUAAUCAAUCGCAGUAUAGCUUGAGCAUUGGACCGAAAAUACUCAAAUACUACGAGGAGUAUUUCCAGAUCAAGUUUCCUUUGCCAAAAAUGGAUAUGGUUGCGCUACCCGACUUCUCCGCCGGUGCUAUGGAAAAUUGGGGCUUGAUAACUUAUAGAGAGACAGCAAUGUUAUACCAGGAAGGCAUAUCGACCAGUAGUAAUAAGCAGCGGGUAGCCACCGUGGUAUCUCACGAGCUCGCGCAUCAGUGGUUUGGAAACUUAGUGACACCAAGUUGGUGGACAGAUCUUUGGUUGAACGAAGGUUUCGCCAGUUACGUCGAAUACAUCGGCAUGGAUGCGGUAGAACCAUCGUGGAAAGUCCUCGAACAAUUCGUCGUCCACGAUCUUCAAAAUGUGUUUGGUCUGGACGCUCUGGAAUCUUCUCAUCCUAUAUCCAUCGAAGUUGGCCAUCCUGACGAAAUCAGUGAAAUUUUUGAUAGGAUUUCUUAUGGAAAAGGUGCUUCCAUAAUAAGAAUGAUGGACCAUUUCCUUACAACAAAAGUCUUCAAGCAGGGUCUAACUAAUUAUUUGAAUGGAAAAGCUUAUCAAAGUGCUGAGCAAAACGAUUUGUGGUAUGCUUUAACCCAGCAAGCUCACAAAGACAAGGUACUUGAACCAAGCGUAACCGUUAAAGAGAUUAUGGAUACUUGGACUCUGCAAACCGGCUUUCCUGUAAUUACUGUGAGGCGCAACUACAACAACAAUAGUGCAACGCUGACACAGGAACGCUUCCUGCUUCGUAAUAGUACUACGAAGGUUACUACAUCUCCGUCGGAACCAUUAUGGUGGGUACCCAUCACUUAUACGAGCGAGAAGCAAUUAAACUUCAAGAACACUCAACCCACAAAAUGGAUGAAAGCGGAACGCUCGAUUAUCCUCAACAAUUUGGAUGUAAGCUCGUCUCAGUGGAUACUUCUCAACGUGCAAGAAACUGGAUACUACAGAGUAAAUUAUGACAGAGCAAAUUGGCAGAUGAUAAUCAAACAAUUAAACAAGCAAAAUUUCAAAGAUAUUUCGACAAUUAACCGAGCACAGUUGAUUGACGAUGCUCUUAAUCUGGCUCGAGCUGGCAAACUGAACUACAGCACCGCUCUCGAUGUUACAUCUUACUUGGCGCACGAAACUGAGUAUUUACCUUGGAAAGCAGCUUUCAAUGCUCUUAACUACCUCAAUGACAUGCUCAUAAAAACGCAGGGCUACGAUAAAUUCAGGUUGUACGUGUUAAAAUUAUUGGACAACGUGUACAAGCAAGUCGGUUUCAUUGACAAGGUGGGAGAUCCUCAGCUGACAGUUUUCACUCGAAUUGAUGUUCUAAAUUGGGCGUGUAGUUUCGGUCACGAGGAUUGCGUUGGAAAUGCUGUUCAACAAUUCAACAAUUGGCGUCAUACUCCUAAUCCGGAUGUCAACAAUCCGAUCUCACCGAAUUUGAAGGGUGUGGUUUAUUGUACAGCUAUUCGAAUGGGUGGACAAAUCGAAUGGGAUUUCGCUUGGCAGCGAUAUCGAGCAACUAAUGUAGGAUCGGAGAAGGAUCUGCUUUUACAGGCACUGGGUUGCACGAGAGAGACAUGGCUGCUCAGUCGAUACUUAGAUUGGGCUAUCACGGAAAAUUCAGGAAUCAGAAAACAGGAUGUCAGCCGAGUUUUCGGAUCGAUCGCUAGUAACGUCAUUGGUCAGCCGAUCGCGUUUAACUAUUUUAGAAACAAAUGGACGCGUCUCAGGGAAUAUUUUGGAACGUCACUAUUAACUAUCAAUAAUAUCGCAAAAUCGUCCACCAGGGGAAUAAGUACAAGAUACGAAUUAAAAGAUCUCCUGGAAUUUGCAACUGAACACAUAAAUGAACUAGGUACGGCAACGCGAACCAUACAACAGACGGUGGAGCAAGCGGAAGCCAAUAUACGAUGGAUCGAUAGCAAUCAUGCAAUAAUCCGCGAUUGGUUACAGAGAAACACCGCGUAAUGAUCGAUCUCAAUAAAAAAUUAAAUAACUUUUCGGUGUGAUAAUGGUAUCGCACGCCUUGAUUUAUUGCCGAAUUUUACUGUAGCGUCAAAGUGACGCGACGAAAAUUCGUCCAUAUGAAGCAGAUGAGAUACAUGGAGUGAAAUUGCGAAACAGUCUAUCGUUGAAUUGUAUAAAAAUAUUUCGUGUUUUUUUUUGUAUGUAUUUGUAAAUAUACGGUCAGAUUAUUGUAUGUAAAUGAUAUUUAUGAAGGUGGCGAAGAGUGUAAUCGCUCUCCCGCAUGGCGCGUUUACAUUCUCGAUUAUACCGUUAGAUCAUGAAGUGUAUUCUAUGGGAAGAGUGUGAGAUAAUAUACAUACAUCAAGAAUCUCUUUACAAUAGAUCUUUACUCACAUGAUUAUAUUAUAGAUAUCACUUUACGCGUAAAAUGCUUCACUGUGAACCCAAACAA